UCUGGGUAGGGACAGGGCAGGGACAUCCCUGCUGGGUUUGGUGCUUUCUGCCAGCUCCUUUAGUGCAGACCCCUUCAAUUUUUGCUGCUUUCUCACAGGUCUGGAGCUGUCUCACUGUGUCGGGACCAACCCUCUGGGUCCUGCUGGGCCUUGGAGGUCGGGGGGGCCCUGCAAGAUGAAGAGAGUCCGCACGGUCUUCAAACCAGAGCAGCUGGAGCGGCUGGAGCAGGAGUUCCUCAAGCAGCAGUACAUGGUGGGCACGGAGAGGGUGGACCUGGCUGCAACCCUGCAUCUCACAGAGACCCAGGUCAAAGUGUGGUUCCAGAACCGGAGGAUCAAGUGGAGGAAGCAGAGCAUGGAGCAGAAGGCGGCCAAGCUGUCGCAGUUCGGGGUGAUCCAGCCCGCGAGCGCCGACUCCACCGACAGCAAGGAGCACGAGGAGGACCCCGUGGACGUGGAGCUUUGAACAGCCAAGAGACUGGGCUGGUUUUUGAUGCCUGGGGACGUGUCUGUGCUGCUUUGGUCCAAACAAGACUGAUCUGAGAGCUGGAGCUGCAGGACUGAACUGCAGCUGGCUGGAAGGAACCCCCCAAGUUUCACUGGCUGCUGUUCCAAUUACAGCCAGGUGCUGUAAUUCCUGGGGCUGCAUCACUUGGGGGCAGGUGAUCUCCUGUUUGCUCCUGAAGCACCAGGACACACAGACAGUUUCCAGCAGAGAGGUUUGCGUGACAAUCAGGGUGUCUCUGGUGCUGGGGUGAGAAUCACAGGGACUGAUACUGGGGUGACAAUCACAGGUGAUUCUGAUGUUGGGGUGACAAUCUGCCGGUUUCUCUGGUGUGGGGGUGACAAUCAGAGGGUUACUCUGCAGCUGGGGUGACAAUCAGGAUGGUUUUGAUGCUGGGGUGACAAUCAGAGAGUCUCUGAUGCUGGGCAGGCAAUGGGAUCUGUCUCUGAUGGCUCUGAGCACAAGGACAUUUCCACCAACCCGGGUCACUUAUGUGUGGCUGUGUGCUCCAAGGAGGAAGGAGGAGAAUCUCCCUGAUGGCUUUUUCUUCUCAACUUGACUCCCAUGUUUGAUAUUCAGAUCAAUCACAACCAAAAUACCCCAAAUGGGGAUGUCCUUUGCUGCCAGGCACAGACUCCUGACAGGCUCCAGCCCUGCCCUGGAGCAGAAGUGCCUCAUCCCGUCAGUGCCUUGCUGUAUCUGUGCCUUUGCAGGGCUCCCCAGAGCCCUGGCCCUGCUGUCCUUGCUCAGGGUGUGUGUGAGUGUGUGUGUCUGUGUCUGUGUGUCUGUGUGUGUGUGUGUGUGUGCUGCUGCAGGGCUGCAGGCUGCAGUAAAAAGCAGCUCCCACACCUCAGCUGCAGCAGCCGCCCCCUGCCCCAGGCCAGAUGUGCCACUGUGGCCCCGAGCAGCUGCUGCUCUGUUCUCUCCUCAUUAUCCCUGCAGGUGCCCUGGGACACGGCACCCUGAGCACAUCUGGAGCAGCCCGAUGUGGUUAACAGCUGGAUUUUUGGGGGUAGGGAGGGCUUUGGGGGGCCAGAACUAAGGACUCAGGCUGUCACCUUGCCUUCCUACGGGUGCCCAGGGCAGCAGCCACCACGGCCCAUCAGCUCAGGAUAAUUUAUUCCGUCUCUUUCUGACCUAGAACACUGUAUACCACUUUACGCUUAUAUUGUUAUUUAUAGAAAUACCUUUUCUUUUAGUUUGCCUUGUUUGUCACUUAUUUAUUUGCUUUUUCUCUUGAUAAAAAUGGAGUUCAUUUUAAAAAGAGAGAUGGAAUGAGUGUAAAAACAAACAAACAGACGGAAAAACUUCCAAGUACUCACUUUAAUUUUCAAUUUAAAUGAGUAACAAAAAAAUAAACCAAAUGUAUUUUCAUCCUUCUCAAAAGA